UUUUCUCCAGCAAGAUCGGAAAUGUGUAGCCAUCAGAUGUUAUUUUCCUGGAUAGAAUUUUGCUUUUUUAAAUGUAUUAAUUCUUAAUUGGUAGUCUCUUGGAAUUCCUUUUGUAAUUUUUACUCCGUGAAAUAUUUCAUAUUGGGUAAACACCGAAAGACUACAUGAAGAGAGCUUGGGAUUAUUUAUGUCUGCCCAGCUGAGCCGGCUAUUUUACUGAUCCUUUUUUUCCUCCCCCAAGAUGAAAUGUGGCAACUGUGGUGAGAUUUCGGAGAAGUGGCAAUAUAUUCGGCUGAUGGACAGCGUGGCACUGAAGGGAGGUCGUGGCAGCGCCUCCAUGGUCCAGAAGUGCAAGCUGUGUGCGAGGGAAAACUCCAUCGAGAUUUUGAGCAGCACCAUCAAAUCUUACAAUGCUGAAGACAAUGAGAAGUUCAAGACAAUUGUAGAGUUUGAGUGUCGGGGCCUUGAACCAGUUGAUUUCCAGCCUCAGGCCGGGUUUGCUGCUGAGGGCGUGGACUCGGGGACGGUCUUCAGUGAUAUUAACCUGCAGGAGAAGGACUGGACUGACUAUGACGAAAAAGCUCAAGAAUCUGUGGGAAUCUACGAGGUCACCCACCAGUUCGUGAAGUGCUGAACCCUCUUCCUGCACACAUGCCUCAAAGGACUGAGAAGGGACAGUGUGCCCCAAGCAGCAGAGCCCACUGAGGCUCAUCUCCUCAGCCCCUGGCUGAGCCCCCACAGCCUGCGUUCUGGGCUCUGCCACGGCUUGCCAAGCCUCACCAAUAAAGGCCCUGUUUGUGCUACA